AGGCGGUAGGUGGCCCCAAAGCGUCGCACUGAUGUAAAUGAACUGUAAAAUGCAAACAGGCUGCGUUAGCUUCACUGUAAUGACGUUAGCCUGCUGGAUGUUUUUCUCCGCCGUUGAUGAGUUUGAGUACCGGGACCAACAUCCAUGAAGCUCUGCGCUCUCUGAAGCAGCUCCACCGUGACCUCAGCGAAGUGUGAUCGGCGUCCGCUCGGUGAUCCUGAAGGAAGUGGUGCCCCUGCCUAACUGACACCCUGCUUCUCCAGCUGUCCCCCCACCUCUGCCCCCCCACCCCCUGUCCUAAUUGGGUCUCUGUGCUGCCGGCGGUGGAUUGGAGCACUCUGAUUGGAGGUUUUGCGAGGUGGUUUUUCGGUCUGGCGCCGCCUCCCCCCGGGGCCGGUGUGCGCUCCCAGCAGCCCGUGGUGCCCUGCGCCCCCCCCUCCCCGUCACUGCACACCAGAGCCCAUGACCAGGGAGGAGGCGCGGUGCGUCCGCCAGGAGCCAUGUGCCUCCCUCACACCAACAAUAUGGACAGCAAGCUGCAAGGGGCGGGGCCAGGGGGAGGGGCUUCACUUCAACCACAAGGAGGAGGUGUUCCACUGGAGCCCUUCAUACACCAGGUGGGGGGUCACAGCAGUAUGAUGCGUUAUGACGACCACACAGUGUGUAAACCACUGAUCAGCAGAGAGCAACGCUUCUAUGAGAACCUGCCUCCUGAGAUGAAAGAGUUCACUCCAGAGUUUAAAGGUGUGGUGCUGGUGUGCUUUGAAGGCGACUCUGACGGCUACAUCAACCUGGUGGCUUACCCCUACGUGGAAAGCAACCUGGGAGAUGGCACAGACGAGCAUGAAGAGCGUGACCCUCCAGAGAGGGAGCAGCCGAGGAGGAAACACUCCCGCCGUAGCCUUCAUCGCUCCUCUUCCUCCUCCGAACAUAAGGAGGGGCCUGACAGGAGGGAGGCACAGGACACCGACCCCUCUGAGAAUCUUGGAGAGCUGAAGAGUCCGAGGCUCGACCCAAAGAUCCACUCAGAUGUUCCCUUUCAAAUGCUGGACUGGAACAGUGGUGUGACAUCGGAGAAGAUCAGCCACAAUCCUUGGAGCCUCCGCUGCCACAAACAGCAGCUCAGCCGCAUGAGGUCCGAGUCCAAGGACCGCAAACUCUUCAAGUUCCUGUUGUUGGAGAACGUGGUUCACCACUUCUCGUACCCCUGUAUCCUGGACCUGAAGAUGGGCACCAGGCAACACGGAGACGACGCCUCCGAGGAGAAGGCGGCCAGGCAGAUGAAGAAAUGUGAACAGAGCACUUCAGCGACGCUGGGAGUCAGAGUGUGUGGCAUGCAGGUAUACCAGCUCAGCACUGGUCACUACCUCUGCAGAAACAAGUACUACGGCCGCGGCCUGUCGAUCGAAGGCUUCCGCCAGGCCCUCUACCAGUACAUGCACAAUGGAAAGGGCCUGAGGCGGGACCUCUUUGAUCCAAUCCUGUACAAGCUUCGCAGCCUGAAGGCAGUGCUGGAAAGGCAGGCAUCUUACCGCUUCUACUCAUCCUCGCUGCUCAUCAUCUAUGAGGGAAAGGAACUUGAGGGCCCUUCAGUCCUCCACUCUGUGCAGCAUGCAGCCCGGCAGCAGAAGACCCCCGUGGCCCCCGCAGAGCUCCAGUGUGGCCCCACACCCCCACGCCCCGACGCUCCCUGUCAAACGGACAUGAGCCAGAACCCGGGCCUGGGCUCUCUGAUGGCUCCGCCCUCCGCCUCGCCUCCCACACAGGCCCAGCCCACCAAAUCAGACUGGCACUCCUUCCUCCCACGACCCCCUUCGCCUCACCCGCAUCCAGACUUCCCCUCACCGCCUCCCAGUUUGAGCUCCUUCCCCUCUCCUCCCCCUCCACCGCCCCAGCAGCCCCCCCUUGUGGACGUUCGUAUGAUCGACUUCGCCCACUCCACCUUCAAAGGUUUCCGCGGCGACACAGCGGUGCAUGACGGGCCGGACCGGGGCUACGUGUUUGGACUGGAGAGCCUGGUCCAGAUCCUGGAGAGCCUGCGGGACGACAACCUGACCUAGCUCCCAACACACACUCUCAUUCGUACUUCUGUCUUUGUGAGGACCCUCGUGCAGCCCUGUGAAGGUUCGUCCCACAGUGAGGAUCAACCACAACGUCCCCACUGUCCAAAAACGCCCUCACACCCAAAGUCCAGUUGGUCCUCACAAAGAUGGAUGCAUAAACACACAUACACAGUUCAGGGAGUUCUGUCGGUGCCGCAACGUUCUCAGUAACUGAGACGUCUCGGCUGUAAAUAUGGAACAGUGUUCUCCGAGACAUCACCGUGGCAACAUGGGCUUUCUACAGUCGAUUAGUUACUAUAGCAAUGGCCAGGAGGUGGGACAGUGGAGCAAAAAUGGCUGCAAAUUAAAGCUGAUAUGGAGAACCUCUGUGUGUCUGCGUCCCUGCACAACACGCACACAGUUUGUACUUCUGCUCUUGUGAGGAUGAUGUAAAGCUCAGUGAUGUGAAGCAUUCCCUAAACGUAGCCAUCAAAAACAAAUCCCCAGCUCCCUACUGCGUUGUUGGCGACAUUUUAACCAUCGUGAGACUAAUCUCCUGAGCUUGUAUUGGGCGUUACUCUCCUGAGGGCUUUAGUUUUCCCCAUUAUCAUAUUGGUGCCCAAGUUAAAAAAAACAAACACAUUUGACUGACUACGUUUUUAAUCAGAAGCCUCAAAUGAAGUAAAACGGACAGAAUGCAUGGAAGAGAUCCACUUUAAAAUAGGAGGACGUGUCUCCAAGUGGGAUACUGGAGGACAAAAAGCAGUAGUUUGUUUAGGCUUUAGUUAUUUCAGGGUUGCAGUCUGAAGAGGGCUGUGCUUGUACUUCAAAUGCUGAAUGUGCAAAGUGUCUCUGUGCUCACCGAAAAUAUACAUGUGAACGAAUUUGGAAGACGUGAUGUGGAUUCCUGAGCCCUCCAGGGCAGAAACUCUGAGCACUGAGUGUGCCAUGAAAUAGGAAAAAUCUAGUGUCCCGUUAAACGAGAUCAAAGCAUGUAUUUUUAUAUUUCAGGCUGCAGCGACUCUGAGAAAUUUCACAGUACUCGUGGCGUUUUAGUACCCCUAGAAUUGAGACUUUUAGGAAUACUGCUGACCCUGAUUUAGUUUUAUAAAAUCUGGAGUUGCACUUUAGUCUGGAUGGGCAGAAACAGACUUGCAAGACACCUAUGUUCACUGUAAGAUUAGGCCUAAUGAGAUUGUUUUCAGUAGCCUUAGAACAAAUCUGAAACUCAAAGUGGUCCUCACAAUGAUAGACAAAUGCGUCCUGAGAGCGGCUGUGGGACAGCGUGUCCUCACCGGUCAGUUCAAUCCCAGGGAAUGCCCACUGACAAAUGCUCACUUUACUCCCUGCUCCUCACUCCCUGAUCCCCGCAUCUUCCCUUCACUCCUAUUCCUCUACAAAACACAAACUUAGACAGGUGAACGCACUCAGAAACACACCCAAGCGUCUGUUAAAGCAAUAGAUGGCAAUUAAAUGUAAGACGGCAACGUUAGUCCUCCUCAGCGGUAGGGAGGGAGACCCAGGUGCAACGGAAGUAAAAGUAGACUUCAUGGAGAGAAUAUAGAUCAUUUUUACAACGCUCUAUGUCCGUCUUUGGGGAUUAAUUGAAAAACACAUUAGUAGUCUGUGUCCUGUGAAAUUAUCCUCUGGGUUGUUGUGUAAUAUUGGAAGCAGAAUUGUCACGUUUCCAAAUCUCAUGUGGUGUUACUGUAUUUAUUAUUAACAACAAAUCUUAUAAAAAGCCUGAUAAAAACACACCUACACACCAUCUGGCUGUUGUAAACUGCCAGAGCAACAAAUAUUUGUUGAAAAUAGUCACUCCUUAGAAAAUUCCUUUUACAGACACAUCUAAAUAAAUAUAGGAGUAUUUGAGUUCAUUCAGCGGCUCUUCUGGAGUUCAUGGAGCUGCUCAAGUGGUUAAAAUCUUCAUGUUGUAAAGAUAAAAUCUAUAGAGUGAGUCACUAAAUAGAUCCUGUGUGUGAACCAAGGUCAGGAUUGAACCUUAAAAAUGCAGAGGAGACGAAAAUAAUAGAUCAUGGGGUUUGAUCACAAACUCUAGAAACAGAUCCAAGUGAGCCUCGAGGUCUUUUCAUGGGAUUUGUUGACAAAAUAAAACAGUAGCACCAUCUUUAUGCUUUAAGUUAGGGCUGGGUGAUACAGCUAAACAAUCAGUAAAAUAUGUUUCAUAAAAAAUAAUAUCUAUAUAUUAUAAAGAUAUGUAAUAUAAAUCACGGUAUUAGAAAUGAUCCCAUUCAUGUCCACUAAAUUGUUAUCUUUCAACAGUUUUGUUUUCGGUUAUAGUAAAAUUUAUAAUACUGAAUUGUCAUCCAGCCCUGUCUCAAAAACACAUUAAGUCUAUAUUUGUAAGUAUAUACGUAUGUAUAUGAACAAAUUAUCUUGUAACUGUUAGCAGAAUUGGCUGCAUUUGUCGUCUCGGAUUGGUCCAGAGAAGGCAGUGUUAGCCAAUCGUAUUCGUCCAUUUAUGCCUCCUUCAACAAGUCCAGGUCGUGAUGCAGCGCCCCCUGCUGGACAGCAACAGGCCCUCAGCCCCAGGAGCUGAAAUAAGAGAGAGCAAAUAUGAAUAUUUUAUUUUUGGUUUAUCAAGGUAAUAAUUUAUUUUUUUAUCGUACCUUUACCCAUGUGUGUGGGUAAAUGUUUUGUCUUUUACAUGUCUCCCCCUGAUUGUAUAAAAUGUAAAGAAAUGAAGAGACACCGUGUGUGAAGCGUCAGGAGCUUGUUAAACAGUAUUAUUGAGCCCAACACUGGUAGCCUGCAGUGGAGCUGCUGCUCUGGUGGGAAGCUCUGUUGAACGUGUGUGUGUGUGUCUGUGUGUGUGUGUGUGUGUGUGUGUGUUAGAACAGACGCCAUCUUUAGUCUUUGGUUUGUUUCACUUCACAUUUAAAGAGUCAGUAAAGAACUGCAUGCACAUUUACGUCAUCCCUGUUUUGAACACCACGUCAAACAUCCUUGUAACGGUCGUCACCGAGUCCCCAGCAGCGAUGGUCCACAUGUCCUCUCAUGAUACUUCAUCAUGGAUAUUAGUCUUUGGUGAUUGAUUGGACUUAUUUAGCAGCAUUUUCUGCAUUUGACAUCAUCCUGACUGUUUGUUAGAACAGUGGAAGUAAGUGAGAUUAAAUCUUUCCAGAA